CUUUUCAGAGUUAUCCUUCAGCAUCAGUGGCACCGGCGGCGAGCCCGGGGGAGUAGCGACACCGAAACGUGCUCGGCUAACUGCAAGAGAGAUCAGAGGGAGCGGAGCGGCCGGGAGCGGCCCGGGCCGGCAGACCCUGCCUCGGCCCCUGCCCGCACCCGCGGGGGACUGCACCUCCCGCCUGCGAUACUUUAUAUAUUCUUGUUAUUGUUGUUGUUUUAUUUUUUUCGCCGCUCCUCUCGCUUUCUCGAGGAAGGGCAGGUUUUGUAGCUUCGGGGCGGGCGCGCUGCCGGGCUGCCUGCCCUGGGCGUGCGAGGUGGGGCGAGAGAGGGAGGAAGAGAUGCCUGUGAUUAGAGGGAAAGUUGUGCUCAUCCUCGGCUUCGUCUUUCUGACAACUUUCCUGGCUGCGGUGCGAGGGCUGCCCGUGAGGAAACAGCGUAGCAACAGCCCAAAGGAGAGGAGCUCCAAGCUGGCGGAGGUCUCUGCCUCAUCUGACCCCCACUCAGCAGGGGACAAAGAGCUGCCGCCAUCGGGCAAGGCACGGGGGCUGAGGCGGAGCGGGCAGGCUGGCCCACGGCGGCACCGGCGCCGUGGGGUGGCUCAGCAGGCUGCCAGGAGCCUGGCAGUGCCCAACCCUGACAGCGCCAGCCAGGAAGAGAGCCUGCCCUUUGUGCUGGACCUGCAGAGCUUGCCGGGGCUGGCCAACGUGGACCUGAGCGCCCAGAACCCCAACAUCCAGGUGACCAUUGAAGUGGUGGAUGAUCCUCAGGCUGAGAUGGAGAUGGACUUGUUGAAGGAGACGAGCAAUGACUGGUCCCUGACGUCUUCUGAGUGGUUGUCCCACAAGGAUCUCUUCUGGCCCCUCUUCUGGGAAUACACUGACCCCACUGAGGAAGAAGAGGAGGAGGAGGAGGAAGAUGAAGAGGAUGACAACCUGGAUGUAGGGGACAGGGAGGAGGAAGAGGAAGAGGAGGAUGAAGAUUACACAGCAGAGUAUGAGGAAGAGGAGUCCAUGCUCAGUGGAGUGGGAGGUGACUGGGACCAGCAGUGGCCUGGGCAGAAGAACUGGAUCUUUAAGGAAAAAUAUAAUUACGACUAUGAAGAUGAGGAGGAGUGGAGCCCAUGGUCCCCUUGUAGCAUCACCUGUGGCAGUGGCAACCAGAAGAGGACCCGGUCCUGUGGCUAUGCCUGCACAGCAACGGAGUCGAGGACCUGCGACCUGCCACGCUGCCCUGGAGCCGAGGGGGAAAUGGUCUUCCCCACAGAGGAGACUCCUUUCAGAAGUGACAACACCACAGAGCUGUUCAACUCAGAGGUGGACAGCUGUGAGAAGUGGCUGAACUGCAAGAGCGACUUCCUCACCAAGUACCUGAGCAAGGUGCUGACGGACCUGCCCAGCUGCCCCUGCUCCUAUCCACUGGAGGCCGUCUACAGUGCUGUCAACCUGCGGGAUGAGCAGCAGGGCAAGAGCUUCCGAUGGCGGGAUGCCAGCGGCCCCAAGGAGCGCCUGGACAUCUACAAGCCGACAGCACGCUUCUGCCUGCGCUCCAUGCUCUCCCUCGACAGCACCACCCUGGCUGCCCAGCACUGCUGUUAUGACGAGCACACCCGCCUCAUCACCCGUGGCAAAGGGGCUGGCGUCCCCAACCUUAUCAGCACCGAGUUCUCCCCAGAGCUGCACUACAAGGUGGACAUGCUGCCCUGGAUCCUCUGCAAGGGUGACUGGAGCCGCUACCACGCCGUCCGGCCCCCCAACAAUGGGCGCCAGUGUGCUGAUAACCCCCCUGAGGAGGAGUACCUCUCCCAGCUGCAGGAGGCCAAGGAGUACUAGCCACAGCCAUGCUCAGAGGAGCCAUGGCCACUGCCAGCUCCUAUCCUGGCCCAGCCCAGCGAAGUCCAGGCCCUGCUGAUGGGCUCCUCACUGGUGCUGGUCAGAGUGGGGAGGAUGCGCUGUCCAUGUCAUCCCCUCAGAGGGUGCCUCAGCCCCGCUUGGAUUUCCAAGGGCACCGGAGGUUAUGGCGGUGGUACGGUGCGAUCCCUGCCAUACCACCCGCACGCCAGAGUGCCUGGUCUGGUGCACGGAAAGCUGCAAGGGAUGGGAGGCAUAAAGUGAAUGGGGGGCUGCUCCCAUCUGCUUUUAUUCUCUACAGUCUUUCAGUGUAGCCUGAAAGCUGAGUGUCUGCAGGGUAAAAUGGCCUCGGCUCCUGCUGGCCUCACGGUGCAUCUGAGGAGCUGGCCUGCUGCAGGCAGUUGCGGGCUCUUUCCUGUACGCCUGCCCUGGCACACGCUGGUCUGCUUCUGAAACUGGGGGUGGGUCCUCCUAGGGAGGGUCAGGGCUGUCCCAGCCACGGGACCACCCCUCUCCUCUGGAUUUUGCAUGCACAGUUGGGAAGGAGCAAGGGGAAGCUUGGCAGGGUUUCAUGGGUCCAGGGAGUGUGUGGGGCAGGAGGAAAGUGACCACCUGGGCUCCCUUGGCAAGAUUGCCUUGCCAACACUGUUUUGGCUAUGAAAGGGAGAACUGAAUGCCAGAGCCAGACACGGGUGGACCUCAGAGGAGGUCAGCACAGAGAGAACACCACCUGUAUGUAUUUCAGUCCCUCUGUCUCAAUGCUUAGGGGAGCAGGGUGGUAGUACCCAUGCAAGUCCCACCACUAGCCCAUCUCCACGUCUUAGCUCCCUGUCAAGCCCCUCAGCCGGUUUCAGUGCUUGAGUGCAUCCAUGAUAUGGCCCAGCAGAAAGUUCUGCGUUUCCCACCCACAGUCCUGCCAGGGGCAGGAGACAACUCAGCCAUCCCUUGUGCCAUUGCUGGAGAAGAGCAAAAAGCACCGAUCCAAGUUCUCAGUGGGGAUAGGAACAAGGCAGGUACCACUGGGAGUACCCAGCAUUGCCCCUCUCUGGUCUGCUGCUGGCCUUGAACCCUGCUAUGUGCUGUAUCUUCCCAGGUCCCCAGCGAGAGGAAGCCCAAAGAAAGCGAGUUGUGGGUGCACCCUGUGCUCCUCAGGCUUGUUGCCUGGCCAGGUGAGCAAGUGUGGCUCCAAAAGAGGAAGACACGCCCAUGCUAAUAAUGUCAGUACCUGGUGUCUGCACAUCAUGGAUCAUGAUGCUCCCCAUUAGCACUUCUGUCAUGUCUGGGUUUUAUUCAGCUUUCCACAGGUCCAUGGCAGUUUCUCCCAGCAUGUAGUGUAAGCUCCCAAGUUUCCCACAGAGAAACUAGGCUGAGCACCUUUAUCCCUGGACAUUCAGUCACUGAACCUGGCAGAAACUGUUCAUAGCUUUUAUUUAGCAAAUUUUAUGUGUCAGAGGAAAUAAAAGAGCAAGUCAAGCACAUGUAAAGAAGAAUGUUAUUUCUAGACUAGUGGUUUCACCCAAGGCUACUUGCUGCUUCAUGUUUUUCUGCAGGAUACUGUUGGACAAAAACAACAUCUGGGUGCACAGGUCUUUGGUUGACUGUCCUGUGCUAGGUCUGUCCCUUCAGGGGCUUUCUCCAGGGCCAGUGAAUGUUCAUGGUCUGAUAGCUCUUUGGGGAGUCUUUCUGAGAGUGUCUUACAUGUGUUGAGUGGAUGUUGAUCCUUUUGACUUGGUUAUUGAUUGAAUAUUGCAUUCUUGGUCAUCAGCACCUAAGACUUCAUUACUAGUAAAACAAAACUAUUAAUGAAGUUAUCACUGAUUUUUUUGUAUUUAACUACUAUUCCACACUUGUAUCCCCAGACUCCACUUACGAGUGCUAUUGAAACCUAGGCAAACACCAUUCAUUUCCCAAUAGGCAUGUGGUUGUAGAUGGCCAGUGUUAUGAGUGAGAAGGAAGACACAACCAAAUAAACACAGAUGGAGACCCAGACCCUGGUAAAUUGUCUUGAUGAUUACAUGUUCCCUACCUCAAAUGGCCAUUUGCUCACUAGUUUCUGGUAAAGAGGUAGCUCAUAAGGAGGUGGUCAAGAGGGGGUUGCAGUGAUCCAGUGGCUUGGUUUUGGGAGCCUGGGAUGUGUGUGGGGAGGCUCAGCAGCAGACAUGGAGGCAUUUGUAUGGGACGUAAACUGAGCAGCUGAAGCCGUGGAAGGAUGAGCUUGUUAUCUUCUGUCAUUUGGUAGAGCAUCUUCAUUUUUUUUUUUCUUGUAUGUCAUCGUUAGCAUCAGCAGACUCUCAGAGGAGCUUAUCAUCAGUACACAGGCUUCUUUAAAACAACCUCCUGUUAAAUGUGCCUAGUGUCCAGUAUUAGACCCACACAUGGAAGCAGGACCUCUACAAACAGCCUUUCUUGAAGGAGAAUUUCCACAGCUCUGCCAAUUUGUUUGUCAGACUGGCUGCUUUGGGGGCAAGUGCUCUUAUAAUAAGGACUGUUACCCAGGAUUUGCACCCUCCUCCUCUAUAUACUGGGUAUUUCAACCAGUCUAACCCCCAAAAAAGAAACUAUAAUUUCUGUAAUAAAUGGAGUUCCCAUUCAAGGGCAAGUUGAAAAUUUUCUUGCAUUGAGCCCCACCCCUUAAAGCUGGUUGAAAGGUGAGUGGCUGUUCUGCCUCUCUGCCUCUAUGGUUUGGAUGAUACAGGCAUGAACUGGAGCAUGAGAAAUGAGAAGCAGUGUUGUUCCUCACAUGAGCACCUUACACACUGGGAGACUUUGCGGGGAAUCGUGAGAAAGGUAGACAUUAAGCAAGCGUUUAUUUUUAUAUCCUAUCAAAGAUUCUGUCCAGCCCACUGCUAUUUAAGUGAUGAAUCUCUAAACUUCCACUCCUUAAGUUUAUUGUGUUUUUAAUAUAUAAUAUAUAAAAAAUAUCUUUUAUUCCUACAAAAUUUCACAGAGAAGAAUUCUUUAUUCUGAUGCUGCAAUAAAGCACUUUAUGUAUGUA